AUGACAUGUGCUGAUGCUAUUUUAAAUUGGUGUAUCGAGAACCAAAUUGACUUAUCAAAUUGUUCAUGGUCCAUAGGAACAUUUCGAAGUCAUUUUUAUACUAUGGCAGCCUUAAUCAAUCCACCGUAUCCAUAUGCAAUGAAAAACAAUACUGGACUAGCAUUUAUUCGAUUAGGAGAUGGAGAAAUGAUGCUUAUGUUUGGAAUUUCUGUUCAAUCUAUUGAUCCAUGGUCUUGGCGUGGUGGUAAAUCAAGAUUAGGACAGGACUUGAUAAAAGCAUUGCAUUAUCCUAAAUAUCAAUCUAAUGCAUUUAGUCCAUUUUACUAUGGAAUUUAUGAUGCUAAAAACAUUUGUCCUUUUCAUCAAUUUCUUACGAUGAUUUAUCAACAUCCAAAAUAUUUAACGUAUACAAAUUUAUUCGUCAAUACUAACUAUCCCGCUACAAGAUUAUUGCAUCGAUCGUUGAUUCGAGAUCAUCGAAAAAAGAUUAUUUUGAUAAUUAACAAUGGAACUAGUUCGGCAAAAUUAGCUGAACUCAAUGAAUGGGCUUGUGAAAUAUUAUUGUAUCCACAUAAUGGGCCGUUGCUAAAUCUUUAUUCAUCUAAUACACUUCGAGAAAUUACCAACAAUGGUCUUAACAAUGAAUUAGCAACAGCUGGUGAUAAACUUGUUAUCGUUAAUUUUUUUGCCACAUGGUGUGAUUCAUGUAAACAUUUCGUUCCACAUAUCGAACAAUUAAGUGGUCUGUAUUUGAAUAAUGUUUUUAUUAAUGUUGAUAUUGAAAAAUGCAUGAAUGAAGUUCUUAGAUAUUCAAUUAAUAUUAUACCAACAUUUCUUUUUAUUCAACAUGGUGAAGAAGUCGAUCGUUUAGAAUUUUUUGAUGAAGAAUAUAUUGAAAAAACAAUUAAAAAAUUUUCUAAUGAUACAUCAUCAAAAGAUAUUAGAUAUUCUACUUUUUCUAAAGCAAUCGCUGUUUGCAAUCUUGUUAAAAGUGCACUUGGUCCAAAGGGCAUGGAUAAAAUUCUUCGACAUAAUAUGAGUGGUGGAUUUGAUGCAGAUAAAUUAUUAAUAACAAAUAAUAGAACAAUGAUAUUAUCAAAAAUUGAUGUUGCUAAUCCGGUAGUAAAAGAUCUUGUUGAUAUUUCAAAAGUACAAUAUGAUGAAGUUGGUGAUGGUUCAAAAUCUGUUGUUGUUUUAGCUAGUGAACUACUUCGAGAAACGGAAAAUUUACUUGGACAAAAAAUUCAUCUUCAGACGAUUAUUACAGGAUGGUCGAAAGCAACUAAUGAAGCACUUACAGUUUUGGAAGGUGUUCCUAAAAAUAAUAGUUCAAACUUGGAACAAUUUAAAAGUGAUCUUAUGAAUAUUGCUCGUACAACACUUAGUUCAAAAAUUCUUCAAGAAAAAAAAGAUCAUUUAUCGAAAUUAUGUGUUGAUGCUAUAUUAAAAAUACAUAAUAAAACUGAUUUUCUAUUAGGAGAACGUAUUGGUACGAAUAUGCCGAAACGUAUUGAAAAUGCUCGUAUUUUAAUUGCAAAUAUACCAAUGAAUACAGAUAAAAGAAAAGUAUCUGAUUCAUCUGUGCAUAUUGAUUCAAUUGCUAAACUAGUUCAAUUAGAAUUAGCUAAAAACGAAAAAAUGAAAGAUAAAGUUGAAAAAAUUCUUCAAUUUAGUUGUAAUGUUUUUAUUAAUAGACAAUUAAUUUGUGAUUAUGCCAAUCAAUUAUUUGCUGAAAAAGGUGUUAUGACUAUUGAACAUGCAGAUUUUGAAGGUUUUAAACGUUUAGCACAAAUACUUGAUGCAGAUAUUGUAUCAACAUUGGAUACACCAGAUGAAAUACGUUUAGGAAAAUGUAUUCUUAUUGAAGAAGUUAUUGUUAAUGAAGAUAAACUUAUUAAAUUGUCAGGAGUAAUACAAGGUGAAGCAUGUACAAUUGUAUUACAUGGUGCUACACAACAAAUUCUUGAUGAAGCUGAACGAUUAAUUCAUGAUGCACUUUGUGUUCUAUCUCAAACAGUUAAAGAACCACGUAUUUGUUAUGGAGGAGGUGCAGCUGAAAUGUUAAUGGCUACAGCUGUUUCUCAAUUAGCUGAAAAAACAUCUGGAGAAGAAUCAGUUAUUAUUGAAUCAUUUGCUCAUGCACUUCGACAAUUACCAACAAUUAUUGCUGAUAAUGCUGGUUAUGAUAGUGCUAAAUUAAUAGAUAAUCUUCGUACUGCUCAUGCUUUAGGAAAGUCAGCAUUUGGUCUUGAUAUGGAAAAAGGUAUAACUGCUGAUAUGAUCGAAUUAGGUAUACUUGAACCAUUUUAUCUUAAACGGCAAGUUGUUAUUAGAGCAGCUAAAGCAGUUGAAAUGAUAUUAUCUCUUGAUAAUAUUAUUUGA